UAGAAUAAAGAUUGUUCUGUAUUUAGGUUAACUAUACUUACAUAUGUAUAUAUAUAACAGCUUGUUUCUUAAUCUUUUGUGCAUCUGGCCAUUAGCACUUGUUAAGCUGGUGAAUGGCACUAACUCUUGUUCUGGACGAGUUGAAGUUUUCUUUGAUGGCCGAUGGGGAACAGUAUGCGAUGAUGGAUGGGAUCAGUCAGAUGCUGCAGUGGUGUGUAAAGAACUGGGCUGUGGGAAUAUUGUAGAGGCAAAGAAUGCUGCUUAUUUUGGACCGGGAUCAGGAAUCGUCUGGCUAAGUGAUUUACAGUGUGCCAGUUCCUCUACUCUGAGAAACUGUAAUUCAAAGGGCUGGGGACAAAACAGCUGUGGACAUGAGAAAGAUGCCGGAGUAGCCUGUCAACUUAACAUCAGACUGUUGAAUGGCAUAACCUCUUGUUCUGGACGAGUUGAGGUUUUUCGUGACAGUCAAUGGGGAACCGUGUUUGAUGAUGGCUGGGAUAUAUCAGAUGCUGCAGUGGUGUGUAGACAGAUGGGAUGUGGAGAUGCUAUAGUGGCAAAAGGUGGUGCUUAUUUUGGACAAGGAUCAGGACAAAUAUUUAUGAGCUAUGUGAACUGUUUUGGAAAUGAGACCAUGCUCACUGAUUGUAAAUUUCAAAGAUGGGAAAUGUAUGACCAUUCAAGGGAUGCUGGAGUCAUCUGUUAUCGUAAGUGA